AUGUUAAAAUUAAAUUUCAUACCUUGUAAAAAUAUAGGAACCUUUCAUGAUGCCCUUACACAGCAUAAUAUAAAAUUUGAAAAAAGAAACAAUUUUAUUUUUUUUUAUUCUUUUUCAUCUUUACGUAAAUAUAAAUUACAAAAUUCUGAAAAGAAUUAUUUUUUGAAUAAAUUAUUUUUUUUUAAGAAAGAAUACAAAAGUUACUUUCACAAAUUUUCCAAUAAUUUGUUCUUGUCUAGUGAGAGAAAAAAUGAAGUAAUAUUUCAUAAAAUGGAUAAGACGAAUAAAAAUGUUCAAAUGAUUAAACAUAAUAUUAUAACUAGCCAAAGAAGAGAAAAAGGGAUGGAAGAAUAUACACCUAUAGAUGGUAAAAUCAAAACAAACAAUAACAACAACAACAACAAUAAUAAUAAUAAUAAUAAUAGUAAUAAUAAUAAUAAUAGUGAUAUAAAAACAAAUAGUCAACACAAUAAGGAUAAAGUAAAAAAUAAUAUGAUCGAUUUAGAACUAUCAGAAUUAUGGUGUAAAAAAUCAUUAAUUGUUAAUUUUGAAAAUAAUAUAUGUGAAAUAAUUUUAAAUAGACCAGAAAAAUUAAAUGCAAUAAAUAAAGAUAUGAUAAAUGGAUUAUUAAAUAUAAUAAAAAGUUUAGAUAAUGAUGAAAGAUGUUUUAUGGUAAUAAUUAGAAGUGCAAAUAGCAACUGUUUUUCAUCAGGCUCAGAUGUAAAAUAUGUUGUUGAAAAUAAAGAACAAGGUAUACAACAUUUAAAACAGCUCUAUUUGUAUAUUAAUUAUAUAUCUCAAAUGAAAAAAAAUUUACUAUGUAUAUGGAAUGGAUAUGUUAUGGGAGGUGGGUUAGGAAUUUCUAUUUAUUCAAAAUAUAAAGUAAUAAAUAAAAACGCUAUAUUUGCAAUGCCUGAAAAUAAAAUAGGUUUUUUCCCUGAUAUUGGAUGUUGUUAUUUUUUCAGAAAAUAUUUUGGAAGAAAUAUUGGAUUACAUUUAGGUUUAACAUCAUUAAGACUGAAUGAAGUAGAUUUGAUUAAUUUUAAUGUGUGUAAUAAUUAUAUUGAAAAUAUUGAUACUUUUAUGAAUAAUUUGAAGAAUAUAAAAGCAACAAAUCAAGACGAUUUCAAUAAAAAAUUAAAUAAUAUAUUAACAAAUGAAUGUGUUUCAAAAAUGUCUUAUAAUAAGUCUAAUAAUCCGGUUUUAACAGAUGAGUUAAUUAAUAAUAUUAAUACAUAUUAUAGUAGUGCUAAUACCUUGGAAGAUUUAAUAACAAAAUUAAAAAAAGAUAAUAAUGAUUUCUGUAAAAGGUUAUUAUCUGAUAUUUAUUCUAAUUGCUAUUUUAGUUGUAUGUUUUGGUUUUCUUAUUAUUUAUAUAAUUAUGAAAAAUCAUUAGAAGAGGUAUUAAAUAAUGAUUUCAAAAUUACUCAGUAUUUUCUGUUUCAUAAAAAUUCUUUUGAAAGGGGUGUAACAGAAAUAUUGGUAAAAAAGAAUAAAAACUUCCAAUGGAGUAAAGACGAAGAAACAAAUAAUGCCGACUUUGAAGAUAUUGACGAUAUUUUGAUGAACAAAAAUUUGUUGUCAAUAAAGGAAGAGUUUACAAAUAUGAAUGAAUAA